AUGUCCGAACAGCAGCGAUUCAACAACGAAGUCGAGGAGAUCAAGAAGUGGUGGUCUUCCCCCCGAUGGAAGCACACCAAGCGUGUCUACUCUCCCGAGGACAUUGCCUCCCGACGAGGAACCAUCAAGGUCCCCCAGGCCUCUUCUCAGCAGGCUGACAAGCUCUUCAAGCUGCUCCAGGAGCACGAGAAGAACCACACCGCCUCCUUCACCUACGGUGCCCUCGACCCCGUCCAGGUGACCCAGAUGGCCAAGUACCUCGACUCCAUCUACGUUUCCGGAUGGCAGUCUUCUUCUACCGCCUCCACCUCCAACGAGCCCUCUCCCGAUCUGGCUGACUACCCCAUGGACACCGUCCCCAACAAGGUCGAGCACCUGUGGUUUGCCCAGCUCUUCCACGACCGAAAGCAGAACGAGGAGCGACUGUCUCUGCCUGAGUCCGAGCGAUCCAAGCUCCCCGCCCCCGUCGACUACCUGCGACCCAUCAUCGCCGAUGCCGACACCGGUCACGGAGGUCUUACUGCCGUCGUCAAGCUCACCAAGAUGUUCAUCGAGCGAGGUGCCGCCGGUAUCCACAUUGAGGACCAGGCUCCCGGUACCAAGAAGUGCGGUCACAUGGCCGGUAAGGUUCUUGUCCCUAUCCAGGAGCACAUCAACCGACUGAUUGCCAUCCGAGCUUCUGCCGAUAUCUUCGGCUCUGACCUCCUGGCCAUUGCCCGAACCGAUUCCGAGGCUGCUACUCUUAUCACCUCUUCCAUCGACUACCGAGACCAUUACUUCAUUGCUGGUGCCACCAACAAGGAUGCUGGCCACCUCGUCGACGUCAUGGUCGCCGCCGAGCUCGAGGGCAAGCAGGGCGCCGCCCUCCAGGCCGUUGAGGACGAGUGGAACCGAAAGGCCGGUGUCAAGCUCUUCCACGAGGCUUUCGCCGAUGAGGUCAACGCCGGCUCUUACUCCAACAAGGCUGAGCUCAUCGCCGAGUUCAACAAGAAGGUCACCCCUCUGUCUAACACCCCCGCUCUUGAGGCCCGAGCUCUGGCUGCUCGACUCCUCGGCAAGGACAUCUACUUCAACUGGGAGGCUGCCCGAGUCCGAGAGGGCUACUACCGAUACCAGGGAGGAACCCAGUGUGCCGUCAACCGAGGUAUUGCUUACGCUCCCUACGCUGACCUCAUCUGGAUGGAGUCCAAGCUGCCCGACUACGCUCAGGCCAAGGAGUUCGCCGAGGGUGUCAAGAACGCCGUCCCCCACCAGUGGCUGGCUUACAACCUGUCUCCCUCUUUCAACUGGACCACCGCCAUGUCGCCCGAGGACCAGGAGACCUACAUCAGCCGACUGGCCAAGCUCGGCUACGUGUGGCAGUUCAUCACUCUGGCCGGUCUGCACACCAACGCUCUCAUCUCCGACAAGUUCGCCAAGGCUUACUCUGAGCGAGGCAUGAAGGCUUACGGUGGUGAGAUCCAGCAGCCCGAGAUUGACCAGGGUUGUGAGGUUGUCAAGCACCAGAAGUGGUCCGGUGCUGAGUACAUUGACGGUAUCCUGCGAAUGGUUACCGGAGGUAUCACCUCUACCGCCGCCAUGGGUGCCGGUGUCACUGAGGACCAGUUCAAGUCCAAGCUUUAA